AUGCAGGUACAUCCGUCCUCGGCCCAGCUUCGUGACUACGCGAUACUAACGUACUCCCGUUUCCCCCUAAGACGUGCGACCUCCAAACUCGACGCAGCCCGUGACGAUCCAUCCGGCUUGAGUGUCUGCCUCCAUUGCUUCAACGGCGGAUGUACUGGUGAAAGGAAUCACUCACAACUGCACCAUACACGUACAGGGCACGUGUUGGCUCUCAAUAUCAGGCGGACCAAAAAAAAGGUACAGAGGGAUGAGCCACCCCAGAAGAUUUCUAAGCUUGCUAUAUUAGCCGAGACGGAAGAAGACCGUUACGAUACAGCAACAACCGUUAUCUGUUACGAGUGUCAGGAAGAGAAUACUGGCGAUUUGGAUGAUAGGUUAUCCGCCGUAGUGGAUGGAGUCAUGAAAGCUCUGUCUUUCUCGAAAAGAGAAGAGGUUAAAGCGUGGGAACAAGAAUUCAUUCCCUGCGAGCACACCCUAUGCUUGGUCCAGCAAGACAGCGGAAAUGUCAACGGGAGUGAUUUGAAACAAUGCUCCUCGUGUGAGCUGAAAGAGAAUCUAUGGCUGUGCUUGGAAUGCGGCAAUGUCGGCUGCGGUAGGAGCCAGUUUGGAGGUGUUGGCGGUAAUUCACAUGCCUUAGCCCAUGCAGAUUCGUCAUCUCAUGGUGUUGCUGUCAAGCUUGGCUCUAUAACACCAGAAGGUUCUGCCGACAUAUACUGUUACAAGUGCAAUGAGGAGAGGUUAGACCCUAACCUGGCCGCACAUCUAGCGCAUUGGGGCAUCAACAUUGCAGAAAGUGAGAAGACGGAGAAAAGUCUAAUGGAACUCCAGGUUGAGCAAAAUCUGAAGUGGGAAUUUGCAAUGACAACUGAUGAUGGCUCUGUCCUACAACCAGUCUUUGGCCCUGGCUUUACGGGCCUAAAAAAUUUAGGGAAUAGCUGUUACCUUGCUAGUAUCGUUCAAUGUCUAUUCGCACUGCCUGAAUUUCAGCAACGAUAUUUUCGUCCCAAUGAGGAUCCUCCUCAGGUCAAUAACCCCGCAGAGGAUCUCGAAACUCAAUUAAGGAAGCUGGCCGACGGUCUCUUGUCUGGAAGAUAUUCGAAACCUGACUCUGAGAUAUCGGUCCAACCUGAAUCGGUGGAAGUACCACAUCAAAGAGGGUUGGCGCCUGCCAUGUUCAAACAUCUCAUUGGCCGCGGCCAUGAGGAAUUCUCGACCAUGAGACAGCAAGACGCUUUUGAGUUGCUGCUACAUCUUUUCAAACUUAUCACUUUGUCGAAUCGUACCGAAAGUUCGGCCAAUCCUGUCGACAGUUUCCGUUUCGUUCUUGAACAGCGCCUUCAAUGCCUAGAUUGUGGUAAAGUCCGAUACAAGUAUGACGAGCAGGACAACAUCUCAGUCCAGGUACCUGCCCGUCCACUCGCGUCGGAAAACGGCUUGGAAAAGACAGCCAGAUACGAGUCAGUAACCAUGAAGGAGUGUCUUGAUAUCUUCACUGGUGAUGAGGCGGUGGAAUUGAAGUGCCCAGGCUGCGGGAGUAACAAAGGUUUUCGCAAACGGUCGCUUUUCAAGUCGCUACCACAGCAUCUGGUCAUAAAUGCCCGUCGAUUUGAAUUAAUCAACUGGGUACCUACCAAACUCAACAUCCCAGUGGAAAUCAACGAUGAUGACAUGGAUAUGGGUGCUUACUUGUCUUCUGGUCCCCUGCCCACAGAAGAAUUUUUACCGGAAGAUGCCGCUACUGGUACCCCGGCGUUCUCUGCUAAUACCGAACUAGUUCAACAGCUAGCAAGCAUGGGAUUCUCCCAGGUACGAUGUGAAAAUGCAUUGUAUGCAACUGGCAAUUCCGAUCUCGAGAGUGCAAUGAACUGGCUUUUGGCUCAUCUAGAUGAUCCUGAUAUUGAUAAGCCCGUAUCAGUGAACAGUGGUGUAACCCCUUCGGAACAAGAUGUUGAAAAGAUUCAGCAACUUGGAGAGAUGGGCAUUGAUGCUAAGCAGGCCUCAAGAGCGCUAUCAGCGACAGGUGGAGAUGUUAAUAGGGCGCUGGAUUGGGUAUUUAGCCAUCCUGAAGGUUCUGACGACGAUAACGAGAUGUCCACUGCCCAAGAGACUGGGUCAACUGCGCAGCGGGAAAUACCCGGCGAAACAGAUUUGCCUGCAAAAUACAAGCUCCAGUCGCUGGUUUGUCACAAAGGCGGUUCACUGCAUGCUGGACAUUACGUUGCCUUCUUGAAAAAGAAAAUCCCUCAUAGCGACGAAUCGGCCUGGGUACUUUACAAUGAUGAAAAAGUAGUGAAGGCGGAUAACAUCGAGGAGAUGAAACAAUUUGCCUAUAUUUACAUCCUCUCCAGGUCCAACUAG